AUGUAUAUUCUUCCAGGUUUGGAAUAUAAGUCUCCUAGCAACCAUAAGGAUGAUUCUGUGCAUGUCUGUGCUGAAGUGACCUGUCUCCACGAUUUCUUCGGUGACGAUGAUGUGUUUAUUGCCUGUGGUCCAGAGAAAUUCCGCUAUGCACAGGAUGACUUUUCUCUGGAUGAAAAUGAGUGCCGGGUAAUGAAAAGCAACCCUCCAACUACUCCAGGCAGCAAGUCCUCCCCAACACCUCAGAAGAGCUCUGCAAAGAGUCCAGCUCCUGUGCGCCGGAGCAAAUCCCCAGCUGAUUCAGCCAAUGGAACAUCAAGCAGCCAACUGUCCACACCCAAAUCGAAGCAGUCUCCAAUCUCCACACCCACCAGUCCAGGGAGCCUCCGUAAGCACAAGGACUUGUACCUGCCUCUAUCCUUGGACGACUCUGAUUCCCUUGGAGACUCCAUGUAAAGACACCCCCUUCCCUGUGUCCACACUCCAUUUUAGAUAUAGCACCACACUUCUGCCAAAAGGAGCAUAGAGGUCACUGGUGCAAAUCCAAGGAUACAAAAGUUAUGUCUUUUCUUUUCCUUUCCUAUAUUUCUCCUCUGUGCCACAAAACCAACACCUAUGAAUCCACAGAGAUAAAGGGAUACCUAUCAUCUGAGUAAUUUCAUAGGAAAGAUAAGUGGCCAUUAUUGGCAGCUUGAAGUUAGAAGGCUUGAAUCCUCAUGCUCUUCUCACACAUUCUAGCUCAAACGUUUCAUUUUCUUCAAA